UCCCUUAUUCUAUCUUGCUUUGCUUUCCGUUUGCCCCAGCCCGACUUGCCCACCAUGGCUGGCACUCCGGUUCCUCACCCUCAGCAGACGCUGACCUUCAACGACGUCUUCGAGGACGACGACGUCGACGAGCCCAAGGAGAAGCAGACCAUCCACCACAUCCGCGCCAACUCCAGCAUCAUGCAGCUCAAGAAGAUCCUGGUUGCCAACCGUGGUGAAAUCCCCAUCAGAAUUUUCAGAACAGCCCACGAACUGUCAUUACACACAAUCGCUGUCUUCAGCUAUGAGGACCGGCUGUCGAUGCAUCGCCAGAAGGCCGACGAAGCCUACGUCAUUGGCAAGCGAGGCCAGUACACCCCUGUCGGAGCUUAUCUCGCCGGCGACGAGAUCAUCAAGAUUGCUGUUGAGCACGGCGCUCAGCUGGUUCACCCUGGCUACGGUUUCCUGUCCGAGAACGCCGAGUUCGCACGCAAUGUCGAAAAGGCCGGCCUGAUUUUCGUCGGCCCCACUGCCGAUGUUAUUGAUGCCCUUGGUGACAAGGUCUCGGCUCGCAAGCUUGCCAUUGCCGCCGGCGUCCCCGUCGUCCCCGGUACCGAGGGUGCCGUUGAGACCUUUGAGGAGGUCAAGGGCUUCACCGACAAGUAUGGCUUCCCCGUCAUCAUCAAGGCCGCCUACGGUGGCGGUGGCCGUGGCAUGCGAGUUGUGCGCGACGCCGAGAGCCUCAAGGAGAGCUUUGAGCGAGCCACUUCCGAGGCCAAGACUGCCUUCGGCAACGGCACCGUCUUCGUCGAGCGGUUCCUCGACAAGCCCAAGCACAUCGAGGUCCAGUUGCUCGGCGACAACCACGGCAACAUCGUCCACCUGUACGAGCGUGACUGCUCCGUUCAGCGCCGACACCAGAAGGUGGUCGAGAUUGCUCCCGCCAAGGAUCUCCCUGCCGAGGUCCGAGACGCCAUCCUGAACGAUGCUGUCAGACUGGCCAAGUCUGUCAACUACCGCAAUGCAGGCACUGCCGAGUUCUUGGUCGACCAGCAGAACCGCUACUACUUCAUCGAGAUCAACCCCCGUAUCCAGGUCGAGCAUACCAUCACCGAGGAGAUUACGGGCAUUGAUAUUGUCGCCGCCCAGAUCCAGAUUGCCGCUGGCGCGACUCUUGCUCAGCUCGGCCUUACCCAGGAUCGCAUCUCCACUCGCGGCUUUGCCAUCCAGUGCCGUAUCACCACCGAGGACCCUGCUGAGAACUUCCGACCAGACACCGGAAAGAUUGAGGUCUACCGAUCUGCCGGCGGUAACGGCAUCCGUCUCGAUGGUGGUAACGGCUUUGCUGGCGCCGUCAUCACCCCCCACUACGACUCCAUGUUGGUCAAGUGCACGGCGCAUGGCAGCACAUACGAAAUCGCUCGCAGAAAGGUCCUCCGUGCCCUUAUCGAGUUCCGUAUCCGCGGUGUCAAGACCAACAUUCCCUUCCUGGCUUCUCUCCUGACGCACCCUACCUUUAUCGAUGGAAACUGCUGGACAACCUUCAUCGACGAUACCCCGCAGCUGUUCGACCUCGUCGGCGGCCAGAACCGCGCUCAGAAGCUGCUGGCCUACCUCGCAGACGUUGCCGUCAACGGCAGCUCCAUCAAGGGCCAGAUUGGCGAGCCCAAGUUCAAGGGCGAGAUCAUUCCUCCGGAACUCUUCAACUCCGCCGGCGAGAAGAUUGACGUCAGCAAGCCCUGCGAGAAGGGUUGGAGGAAGAUCAUCCUUGAGCAGGGCCCCAAGGCCUUCGCCAAGGCUGUUCGCGAGUACAAGGGCUGCCUUCUCAUGGACACCACCUGGCGAGAUGCCCACCAGUCUCUGCUGGCCACCCGAGUCCGAACCAUUGACCUCCUCGGCAUCGCUAAGGAAACGAGCCACGCCCUCUCCAACCUCUACAGUUUGGAGUGCUGGGGUGGUGCCACCUUUGACGUUGCGCUGAGGUUCCUCCACGAGGAUUCGUUCGACCGACUGCGCAAGCUGAGGGCGCUGGUGCCCAACAUCCCCUUCCAGAUGCUGCUCCGUGGAGCCAACGGUGUGGCCUACUCUUCGCUGCCCGACAAUGCUAUUGAACAUUUCGUCGAGCAGGCCAAGAAGAACGGCGUCGACAUCUUCCGAGUGUUUGACGCCUUGAACGACGUCAGCCAACUCGAGGUUGGCAUCAAGGCCGUUCACAAGGCUGGCGGUGUUGUGGAGGGUACCGUGUGCAUUUCCGGCGACAUGCUCAACCCUCACAAGAAGUACAACCUGCCCUACUACCUGGACCUGGUUGACAAGCUCGUCGGCCUCGACAUCCACGUCCUGGGUAUCAAGGACAUGGCUGGUGUGCUCAAGCCCCAUGCGGCCAAGCUCCUGAUCGGAUCCAUCCGCGAGAAGUACCCCGAUCUGCCGAUUCACGUCCACACCCACGACUCUGCCGGCACGGGUGUUGCCUCCAUGGUUGCUUGCGCCCACGCUGGUGCCGACGCCGUCGAUGCCGCCACAGACAGCCUGUCUGGCAUGACUUCCCAGCCCAGCAUCAACGCCAUCCUGGCCUCCCUGGAGGGUACCGAUCUGGACCCCGGCCUGGAUCACAAGCAGGUCCGAGCCUUGGACACGUACUGGCAGCAGCUGCGUCUGCUGUACUCUCCGUUCGAGGCUCACCUUGCCGGGCCCGACCCCGAGGUGUACGAGCACGAGAUUCCCGGUGGCCAGUUGACCAACAUGAUGUUCCAGGCUUCGCAGCUGGGUCUCGGAUCGAAGUGGCUCGAGACCAAGAAGGCCUACGAACAGGCCAACGACCUGCUUGGCGAUAUCGUCAAGGUCACCCCCACCUCCAAGGUUGUCGGUGACCUUGCCCAGUUCAUGGUGUCCAACAAGCUGUCCCCCGAAGACGUCAAGGCUCGCGCUUCCGAGCUCGACUUCCCCGAGUCAGUGCUCGAGUUCUUCGAGGGCCUGAUGGGCCAACCCUACGGCGGCUUCCCCGAGCCUCUCCGCACAAACGCCCUUCGUGGACGACGGAAGCUCGACAAGCGCCCUGGCCUCUACCUCGAACCUGUCGACUUUGUCAAGGUCAAGCGUGAAAUGGGCAAGAAGUUUGGCGCGCCCGUCACCGAGUGCGACAUUGCCUCGUACGUCAUGUACCCCAAGGUCUUUGAGGACUACAAGAAGAUCACCGACGAGUUUGGCGACUUGUCGGUCCUGCCGACCAGGUACUUCCUUGCUCGACCCGAGAUUGGUGAGGAGUUUAACGUACAGCUCGAGAAGGGCAAGGUCCUCAUUCUGAAGCUCCUCGCUAUUGGUCCUCUGAGCGAGCAGACCGGUCUCCGCGAGGUCUUCUUCGAGAUGAACGGUGAGGUCCGACAGGUCACCGUCGUCGACAAGAAGGCUGCCGUUGAGAACAUCAGCCGCCCCAAGGCUGACCCUGGCGACUCCAGCCAGGUGGGCGCCCCCAUGUCUGGUGUCCUGGUUGAGCUUCGCGUUCACGAAGGCUCCGAAGUGAAGAAGGGCGACCCUCUUGCUGUUUUGUCAGCCAUGAAGAUGGAAAUGGUUAUCUCAGCGCCUCACAGCGGAAAGGUUGCCAGUCUGCAGGUCAAGGAGGGCGACUCCGUCGACGGCUCAGACUUGGUGUGCAGAAUCACAAAGGCCUAGAUGCAUUGAACGAGUGCACGAUGCAAAAG